UAAAAAGCCGUGUAGUACAGUGGCCCCAAGAUAUCAGACAAAAAUUGCAUGUUGCAAAAGUGCAGAAAAAUAAUAAUUGUGGGCAAAGUUAGAAGUAACAAGUGCAAGUGUUUAACGUAGUUUAAGUUAAUACUGCAGCAAUGUGAGGCAGUUAAUUUGUUAUUGUUCAUACAGUGCGCUUUACUCUCUUUGUGGCCAGUUGUGGUCGGUCCAUAUUCCGAUUCUCGAAAAUCAUAGCAAACGAAGGGCUGCUUGCCACAGUGUUGCAACUAAAAAUUCAUGUCUAGGAGGAGAGGGAAGGACAAACAAAACGCAAACAAACGCACAAAGUCUACCCAAAACUUAAGCGAAAUAUCAUAAACCCAAAAUGGAGGAAAUUUCCAGCUUAGAUUCUUUUGGCGCCGACUCCAGCAAUGCUAGACCCGAAACAGAGACGCCAAAAUUUGAUGAUGCCGAAACGGAAAAUUCUGGCGAACAACAGGCGGCAAUUGUGGCCGAGGGAGAUACCCCGGCUUCUCCACCAGCCGAAGAUGCGGGCGGUAAUAUUGAGCCCGUGCCAAAGGUGGCCGGCGAAGCAGUUGAAGAAGAUUUCGAACAAAUCUCUGAAGGUUCCUUGGAUAUGGAAGAGAGUCAGUCACAGGGGAAAGUCGACAAACCUGAACCAGAGAAGACAGACCCAGAUCCCGCCCAAAUUGCCGAUGUGACAGACACGGCGGAGACGGAGGAACAGGAACCAAGUGAAAGCACAGAAGUCGAGGCUAGUACAGAGCAGCAAGAUGUCACGGCAUCUGCUCCCCAAGAAGAAGUACCUGAGGAGGAAGCUGCGGCUCCCCAGGAUGAAGAGGAGGAGGAGGAGGAAGAGAACUUUACAAAAACAAGUAACCUAGAAGAGACCGCUGAAACGGAUACUCUCGAGCAGGGGCAGGAGCAAGAGCCCGUGGAAGGCGAGGAUGCAGUUGAUGCCCCGCCUGCCUCCAAUGAAGCAAUGGAAGUGGAUGACGAAGCUGUUGCCGAAACAGCUGACAGUGCAGCGGCGGCAGCCACAUCUGACGAUGUAGAUAUGCAUUCCUUGGGAGGAGAUUCUCAUCAUGAGGCUGAUGUUGAUGCUGAUGCCCCAGCGCUCGAUGCCGAGGGCCAGGAUGAAGUUGAUACCAGCCUAGAGGAUAGAGAAGAUGAGGAUGCUGCGGCAGAUGACACUAUAGAAGGCGAGGUUGAUGCAGAACCAGAGCAUGGUGAUGAAACCGUUGAGAAUGUCCUGGAACCAGAAGAGUCAGAUGUUUGUCUUAUACCCGAUGAUCCGGAAACAGAAGUAACCGAAGCUGAAAAGGAAUUGGCCCGUGAAAAUGCUGAAAAAGCUGCCGUUGAAGAGGAAGCAGCGGAACAAGCAGAAGCCGCCUCCAAAGUAGCAUCACCUGCAAAUCAAGCAGAUGCCGCCAGCACUGCCGACUCAUCUGCUGAUAAAGAUGCGGACGCCGCAGAUGCAACAGCCACAGAUCCUGAUCAAGCCGACAAAGCUGCCACACCAGAUGCAACUAACGAGAGUGUGGAUGCGGAUGCCGAUAGAUCUGGUGAUGCUGCCGAAGCUGAUGGAGAUGCUGAUGCUGAUGAUGCGGCAGCAGAUGAUUCAACAACAACUGCAGGAGCGGGCGAGGCAGGAGCUAGUUCUAGUAAAACAAUAAUAAGCUGGAUUGUGGGCAGAACGGAAAAGUGUCGACAAUGUGGCACUGAGAAAAAUUGUGGUUUCCGUUGCAAACAGAGACCGGAGACAACAGAAACCGAAGAUGGUAGUGGUAGUGGUGGUGGAGAUGGAACAGAGGACACGUCAGUAAUUAGCAUUUACGAAUAUUUAUGUGAUCAAGCCUGCUGCGAUGCUUUAAUCGCUGAACAUCCUGGCAAAUAUUUUGUGAGACGUAAGAAGUUUUUGGUUGAAGAGUUACCCCAAGACGCAUCCAAAUCCUUAGAUGUGGGAGACGAUGACCAAGACAAUCAGCAGGCAGCAAGUGCUGAAGGUGAAGGCGAAGGCGAAGACGCUGCACCUGCUGCUGCUAGAGAGGAGACAGACAGCAGUCGUGGACCCGUAAACAAGACCUGUCUGCAAUGUAAAGAGGAGAAGAAAUGCAAAUAUUUCCUGCGACAGGAGCAAGAAUCGUUCUAUAUCUGCGAUGAUGAUUGUUUCAAUCUCUUGAAUGCCGAAGAGCCGGACAAAUUUAAAUUAAAACGGCAUUCCAUACGGGUACGAAAUAUUGGAGCCACAACAAUACGUUCGCCCAGCAAGAGGGCCGAGAGCAGCGGCAGUGUGGUGGCCCGUACCAAUGCCGAGGCGGAGGCAGCUCGUUUGGAUCGCAUGGAAAGUUUUCGGCGGCGAUGCUCCGACUGUAAUGCGGAGAUAACAAUGAACGACAAGCAACUUGUGUGGGAGACCAUGGAUUUCUGCAAUGAGGUCUGCCUGGGCAGUUAUCAGCGCACAAUUGGAGCCAACUGUGAGACCUGCAAACAGGAGGUGAGCUCAACAGCUCUCGGCAAGUAUUGUGUACGCUUCGGCUUCGAUGUGAGGCAAUUCUGUUGUGCCGCCUGUCUCAACACCUUCAAGAAGGGCCUGAAGACAUGCUCGUGCUGCCAGAAGGACAUUAGCAGUGGCCAAGAGGGUUUUCUGGCUCCAGUCGGGGACAAGGAUCAAUUCAAAGACUUUUGCUCACAGGCCUGUCUGCGGCGAUACGAUAGCAUGUGCAAUCCCAAGAAGAAAUUGCGCACCGACAUGUGUGGCGUGUGCAAUAACGAGAAGCCAGUGCGUGUGGAAAUGCUUCUGGAGGACAAGGAGCAUUUUUUCUGCUCGAAUCCCUGCUUCUCGGCCUUUAAGUUUGUGAGCAAUGUGAAUGCCGAUCCCUGUGCCAUGUGCUCCAAGUAUUUUGAACGCAAGAGCGCCGAUGCCUACACCAUUUACUAUGAUCAGCAGCAGGCACCGAAAAUGUUCUGCUCGCGGAUCUGCAUUAACGUCUACAUCAUUGUGAAUCGACACAUUGUCUCCUGUCAGUGGUGCAAGGUGAAGAAGUAUAAUUUUGAUAUGAUCUAUCAGCAGCAGGGCGAUCAGGAGACACUCACCUGUUCGAUCAAUUGUCUGACCAUGCAUGGUGUCAGUUGUAAUAUAUCCGCCCGGACCGUAACCAAAUGCGACAAUUGUAGCAACUUCAGCACCCCGCAAUACCAUCUAACCAUGUCGGAUGCAUCGAUGCGCAAUUUCUGUACAUAUCAGUGUGUGAUGCAGUUCCAAAAUCAAUUCGCCCGUGCCCCACUCACCCUGGACAGUGAUUUGCCAAGCACCAGCAGUGGCAGCAGUAAGUCUCAAUCUUCAUCCGGUUCGACGCGAGGUAACAAAAAUGCGGCACCAUUUCCCACUGGUCUACCCAAACGGGUCAAACUGAAGCUGCAAACGGGUGGCAAAAACAAUUCUGUUGGUGGCAGCAACAAGAAAUCAGCUGGAGGAGGCACAGUGGUACCAGUUAUAUCGACUGUCCAAUCCUUAGCUAGCGGUGAGACGGAAGCUCGCCUUGGCAAUUUGACAGUGCGACGUAAACGUGGACGAGGUAAAUUGGAUUCACCGCCACCGCUGGUCAUGUCGGUGACUCCGUCGACAACGACUGCCCUGGGUCGUGGAAGGCCGCGCAAGCAUGUCGACUACAAUGUGGCACGUUCACCAUCGCCCCCGAGUCUGCCAGGGGCAGGUAUGCCGACUGGCCGUAGGAGUACCGUAACGGGCAAUGAUUUUGGGACGAAUACCGUUACGGAAACGAAAAUCAUCACUGUGCCGCCUUAUCCGAAGGCUGUGCGCAAUGUCAAUAUCAGUUGUAAACCCAUGACAGUCAAUCAGGGCGAACAGUGUCAACCUACAAUGAGGGAUUGUGUUACACAAACGGAUAAGGAUUACUCCAAUAAAGUGCUGAUCCCAGUGCCAGUGCCGAUUUUUGUGCCGCAGCCCAUGUAUAUGUAUUCGGCACCGUUCCCUGUACCCGUACCCAUUCCGUUGCCCAUACCAGUGCCGAUCUUUAUACCCACCACACGUAACACAUCGCAGGGCAUACUGAAGGAGAUUAAGAAGAUUCAGGAUAAGAUGCCAGAGGAUCCGCUGGAGGCGGAACUGUUAAUGAUGGCCGAAAUGGUGGCCGAAGAGAAACAUGACUCGGACUCGGAUUCGGACAAUGAGAUCAAACCGGAUCCAGGCCUAGUGACGCUGCAAUAUCAAAAUAGCCUCGAUGCGGUUAACCAGCAGCAGCAGCACCAACAAGUGGUGGAUGUCAGUGCGACGGGCCAUAAUCCCUAUGGUGACGAUAUGCUUCAAAUUGCUCUCAAAAUGGCAACCGGCGACUACGAUAAUCAUCAUCAGACGACAACAGUGGACCUGGAAUCCACAAUGACGGCAAAUACGAUUAGUAAUCAAUCGCCCAUGGGUCAUGAUUCCAUGUCCCAAAUGAGUGUACAUCAUUUAGAUCAACAGCAUCACAUGUUGGAUGCCGCACAGCGUUCUCCACGUGGUCGUAAGCGUAGCGCCAUCCUUGAGUCACCCGUCCGUAACAAUCGUUCGCCGGUAAAGAGACAACGACCCGGCGAUCUGGAUCACUCGGCCCUUCAGCAACAAUCACAACAGGCCCAACAGCCGCAGGAGAAGCCCGAUGCCCAGAUGUUCCUCAAGUAUACGUUCGGCGUGAACGCCUGGAAGCAAUGGGUCAUGACAAAGAAUGCUGAUAUCGAGAAGAGCUCAAUGCGUCGGCGUCCGUUCAAAACGGAACUACUUCAAAUGACGGCGGACGAACUGAAUUAUUCGCUCUGUCUGUUUGUCAAGGAAGUCCGCAAGCCAAAUGGCACAGAAUACGCACCCGAUACCAUAUACUAUUUAGUGUUGGGUAUCCAGCAAUAUCUUUAUGUUAAUGGGCGCAUUGAUAAUAUCUUCUAUGAUCCUUACUAUGAACGAUUUACGGAAUGUCUCGAUGAAGUGGCUCGCAAGUUCUCCGUGCUGUACAAUGAUUCACAAUAUAUUGUUACCCGUGUGGAGGAGGAGCAUCUGUGGGAGUGUAAACAACUUGGAGCCCAUUCGCCGCAUGUUCUGCUUAGUACGCUGAUGUUUUUCAACACGAAACACUUUAAUCUAACCACCGUUGAAGAGCAUAUGCAAUUGAGUUUCUCCCACAUAAUGAAGCAUUGGAAGCGGUCAUCACAAAACUCAAAGGUACCAGGCACACGCAACGUCCUGUUACGAUUCUAUCCACCACAGGCGGGUCUGGAUGCCAAUCCGCGCAAGAAAAAGGUCUAUGAACAGCAGGAAAAUGAGGAUAACCCACUGAGGUGUCCGGUGCGACUCUACGAAUUUUAUCUCUCCAAAUGUCCUGAGAGCGUAAAGACACGUAAUGAUGUAUUUUAUCUGCAACCGGAACGGUCUUGUGUGCCCGAUUCACCCGUUUGGUACUCUACACAAGCUCUUGGCCAGGAUGCUCUGCAACGGAUGUUGCAUCGCGUGAAAAUGGUCAAAGAAAUUAACAUAGCUCUAUUAACAACUUAAUGUUUAGUUAGGCAGAUGAUAAUUUACACCUAUAUAUAUAGAUAUAUAUGUAGAUUUAUAUAUAC